AUGGAUUUCGACGCUGAGACAGCUGGUAACAACCCAGAGAUCGAGAUGCAAUUUGCAGUCAAGACAGUCGAGCAUUUAGAGGCAUAUGAGAAAUUGUUAUGUGGUAUCCCACCAAGUAAAAUAAAAUUCACCCCGAUUGAUGAAGAAUUGUACGGUAAUCUCCUUGAUGAAUUCCCGGAACUUAAAUUCGAAGAUAAUCUCAGAGUGUUAGACGAAGAAGCCAUGAAGUCGCCGCAGGGUAAAGAGAGAUGGAGGAAAUUCAUAAUGCCCUACGAGAAAAGAGUGACAGAUUAUAAUUUCGGGACUUUGAUCAGAAGAAGAUCCGACGAGUUGUAUUCCGAGGAAAAUUCAGUAUUAGUCACAAGAGUUCAAUUCUACGCUCUUGAGAUCGCAAGGAACAAAGCUGGAUUGAACGAUAAGAUAUAUAACGAAGCUCAGGCAAAGAAGAACAAGGCGUAG